GAUGUAGAUAAUUGGAGUACUUGACAUGUGAUAUGACUCCAAGAUAAUUCUUUUGAGGGCUUUUAUUUUUCCACAUAGAUUGUUUUGGCACACGUAAAAAGGGUUUUUACCAUGUCACAUGACUCGAGCAAGAAAAGUUGUGGACUUUUUGUGCUUGAUAAAUAGACAUUUGUUGCGGGAUUUUGAGAGAAUCAAGAAAACAAUGGGCUGAGAAGUUGCCCCCGCCCCCACCCCCACCAGAGUAUAUACUUCGUGCGCUCUUGCUCCGUUGCUCGUGCAUUUCCUCCUUUGGUUUACUCAUGUAUUCAUUACACGCACAUGCUCUCAGAGCCCUUGCCUUAAAUUGCAAAUGUGAAGUGUGAUCAUUUUUUGUUUUUGUUUGAUUUUAAAUUUGAUGUUUCCUCUGCUAUGUGCACCAUUCUCCACCAGUUUUUGGCUUCCCCCUCAAUCUCUCACUCUAUAUCUUUGUUUCUGUCUGCUUCUUUCUUUCCUCAGAUCUUACAUUGAACUGUUUUGUAGUUGGAUUUUGAUGCUUUAAAUCACAGUUUAGCUGGGAGUUGAUUUCUUUCCUUCUAACAGUACCCAGGUAUCAGUAUCUCCCUCCAUCUUCUUUAGUUUCAUCUCAAUUAUCUUUGAGGCCUUUCUCCCGAUUCAUUUCCAUCUAAGCUACCGCAUACACCUUAUCCUCUUCUAAUUCAUCUUUUUUCCGCAGCUAGUGGCAAGAAUUUAAAUGAGACAAGGCUGAUUUACUUUCUCAGACUACUUCCUUCAAGAUUCGACGGAUGCUCCUUAAUUGAACAUGCUUUCAAUGGAGGCAGCAGCGGCAGGGGGCAAGACGUGUCUGAAUCCCUAAAACCCAUAAAAGAAUCUUUAGUUUCAAUGUUGCUGCAGAUAGAGUGUUGCAAUGAAAGUGAAGAAUCAAACACGUCAAUGCAGGAAACCAAGUGCCCUGCUCCUUCUACUCCCCAACUCAAACAAGGUGUGAGGUCACUCGAUGAUCAAACACAAGAUAGUAGUAGUGUGGAGCAAGAUGGGGGAGAAUAUACUAAAUUUGUCGAAACUACUUUUUGUGACUCGGUUUCCCAAACUACUACACCACCGGGAGAUAGUGUCAUUAAGAGGGAAAGGGAAUCGAGCCCCGAACAGAAUGGUAAUUGUAACCACCGUUCAGAGAGAAGCAAGGAUGCUCGUGACAGCAGUAAAAAACAGCCUGGUUUCAAUGGUUCAUGUGAGGUGACAACAAAAGCUUAUAAAAGGAAAUUAAAGGUAGACUGGACACCCGAACUGCACAAGAAGUUUGUACAGGCGGUGGAACAACUUGGUGUAGAUCAGGCCAUCCCUUCCCGAAUCCUGGAACUGAUGAAAGUUGAAGGUUUGACGAGGCACAAUGUAGCCAGCCAUCUACAGAAGUACAGAAUGCAUCGCCGGCAUAUAUUGCCAAAAGAAGACGAGAGGAGAUGGCUUCUCUCAAUAGAUCCUACACAAAGGACUUACUAUCCUCAUAAGCAACCCAUAGUGGCCUUCCCGCAGCAUCAAUCUACUAACGCCCUGCCUGCCAGGCAAUUCUACUCUGCCUGGGGCAGUUAUCCUGGUGUCCAUGUGUGGGGCUCACCUUGCCACUACCCCGGGUGGCAACAGACAGAGGAUUGGAACUGGAAGACUAAUGUGGGGGUUUAUGCUCAUGCAUGGGGCUGCCCUAUUAUGCCACCAUUUCAUGGAUCAUAUGCAACACUUUCUCAGAAUGCAUCGGGGGGACGAUGCAUCGGCGGUGGAGCACCAGAAAGAUACAACAUGCCAGAGAAGAAGUCAUUUGAUAUCCAGCCGGCAGAAGAAGUGAUUGACAAUGUUGUGAAGGAGGCAUUAGACAACCCGUGGAUGCCCCUCCCUCUGGGGCUAAAGCCUCCUUCAACCGACAGUGUUCUAAAUGAGCUGUCCAAACAAGGUAUCUCAACCAUCCCUCCUCCGGUCAACGGCUCCCAUUUGCGCUGAUAUGGCCCUCUCGUGCCUGAAUGCAACCUUGGGCGGGCAGCAUGGCACUCAAUCACGGAUCCAUGGAAGAUCCACCUUCACAUGCGCGGCAAAGAACGCCCCCCUUACGUGGGCAGGGUCCAAAAUUGAGCAUACUGAUGUUAAUAAAACCUCCCGUGGCCAAUUUGAAGAAACUAUUCUUAUUCAUACCAUAUGCUCUUCCUUUGGGGUGGUCCCUCGUUGUGGUUGUAACUUGUAAGCUGUAGCCCAUGCAAUAAUAAUAAUAGUAAUAAUAAUAAUACUAAUAAUAAUCAUAAAUAAUGCUUUUGUUGACCUUUUGGCACAUGCCUCAUGAAUAAAUGAAUAAUUCAUGAGGUUUCAAGUUCAAUUUUCACCUUUUCAUGUACACCACUAAAAUCUUAAUAUCUUCUCAGCAACAAUUUCAAUGGGAACAAAAUCAAUAGUUCAACGA